AUGGAAGGGGAAAUAAAGCGCAGCCGGAGGUCAAGAUCUCAACGAGACCGCGUGCGGAGAAGGGAUGUGAUUGACAGGAAUGAUCAAAACCGGAGUCCAUCAUCUGGCUCCGACCGGGGGCAAAGUCCGUUCAGGGAUAAGGCCCUGUGUAAUUAUGGAAAAAUGACCAACUUGCAUUAUGUCCGGCCCCCGCGUCCCUCUCGGAGAAAGAGACGGGGGUCAGUGUCUCAGGAGGAGGACAUUAUUGAUGGCUUUGUCAUAGCCAGCUUUCUCAAUCUGGAUUCUUUAGAGGUAAGAACGUAGGCCUACAGUAGAGCUAUGUGUAUAUAUAUAUAUUGUUUUUGACACACGUUUGUUUAUUUGGACAUGAUACAUAAGUAAAUAAGUCGCUUAAAUCACCCUGUGUGGGCCUCAUGGCUCAUGGGCUGUGACAGGGUCAUGUGCAGUUUACCCAGCUGUCUCCAUUGUGAGUUUAUUUGCAAAUGUUGGGUAAAAGUUGUAUAAUAACCAUUGUAACAAUAUAUAGGCAAUCUACACUGUAAUUACACUGUAAUUACCUACCUGCCUAGGUUUUAGGGACCUAGGAUAUUGCUGUAAACACACUGGUUUGCAGGGCCAAUAUGCUGUGAGGCUGACAGCUGAUAAUAUACUGUUAGGUUACUAUUGAUUUAUCCCAACAACAACCAUUAUGAUGCUAUGAGGUGUCACUCAGUCCAUGUGUUUCUAUAAAUCAGACUCACUUUCAAUCCACCAGAUGUGUUUCUGGAAUACAGGUAAUUAUGGGUGCACACUGGCUGGUUUGGUCAAUGUCAUGAUCGUUGCUGGUGUUUGUCAGAGAAAAACGGGUAGAUUUUGAAUAUGUCACACAUUUUGAAUAUGUUCUGAUUUGCUGGUUGUACACAAAUGGAAAACCAAAAAACUCUAGGCCUAGACUUGACCUAUUUUAAAGAAAGCUGCUCUCUUGCUCUUAAAUGCUCCCAGGUGCAGUGUUCAUCAGCUGGAGUUUUAGUUUUAAUGUGCCCCCUCCUGCCUCACAGCAUGUCCACACACACAGGGACAUGUGUUUUGAAAAUAGAUGCAAAAGAGACAAUAAUAAAAGCAUCUGAUACUUUUAUGUUCAAGCAAACCAAGUGCCUGAAAUGAUUGAAAAGGACCUUUUCUCUCAAUGCUUUCCGCCAGAUGGUGACUACCAGUAAACAUGAUAAAUGGUAGUUAAGUGACACUGUGUGAAAGACAACCUGGCAGUAAAAAGCCAGAGCUGACGCAAAGUGAAUGGUGCAUAUGUCCCAGACAGAAGACUCAAAAUCAUUCUGAUACUGUCUGAAUCCUGUUAUGACAUUCACAUUCUAGAAAGAGAAACCUAUUGUUAUACCAAAUGUCAGGGGCGAAAAACAAAACAUGACACAAUACAGUCAACUCUCAUUGAUGGUGAUGAUGAUCAUUAUCUAUUCCUGUCAACCCUUGCUUCUCAGAGGUGUAAACUCAAGGAAUUGCUUUACUACGUGACUACACUAUAGAGAGUGCCAGCAGGGGAAAUUAAUGGAGAAAUGGGGUUUUGGGAUAAAUGCCAAAAAAAGGUCUGAGGUUAAACCAAGUUUAGGAGAUCUUAUACAUUUUGUUUUAUGAAAUACUAUCAGUCAAUUAACAUUACCUUUAUGCAUUAUGAAGGCUUUAUGUGCUCUGUGUGCUUGUUCCUCGGUGUCCAAAUCACUAAGCACUUAAAAUGGUCAUAAUACACACGCACAGUCGUGAAGAAGGCACGACAGUGCCUCUUCCCCCUCAGGAGGUUGAAAAAGUUUGGCAUGGGCCCUCAAAUCCUGAAAAGGUUCUACAGCUGUACCAUUGAGAGCAUAUUGACUGGCUGCAUCACUGCUUGGUAUGGCAAUAGCACCGCACUAGAUCACAUGGCGCUACAGAGGGUUGUGCGGACAGCCCAGUACAUCACUGGGGCCGAGCUCCCUGCCAUCCAGGACCUCUAUAUCAGGCAGUGUGAAAACAAGGCCCGGAAAAUCGUCAAAGACCCCAACCACCCAAGCCAUAGACUAUUUUCUCUGCUGCUGCACAACAAGAGGUGCCGGUGCAUCAAAGUCUGACACCAACAGGCUCUUGAACAGCUUCUAUCCCCAAGCAAUACGGCUGAUAAAUAGCGAUCAAAAUAGCUACACGGGCCGAGUUUACCUUGUAUCUUCAUUGACCUUUUAUUUUAGUAUUUGCACUGUCUCUAUGCAUACUCACAGGGCCCUACACACUCACACAAACUGUCACUCCAACACACACACAAACACUCACUCCAUCAUUUACUCACUCACACAUAAUAUGCACAUACAUUUAUACUGACUCUACACACCCGCACACUCACUCACAUGCAAACUGCUGGUACUCUGUUUAUCUUAUAUUCUGUUGCCUAGUCACCUUACCCCUAUACAUAUCUACCUCCAUCACUCCAGCAUGCCUGCACAUGUAAAUAUGAUAUUGGAACUGACUUUUUAAAUAUUUCCUGUAUAUAGUAUUCUUAUUUACUUACUUUAUUGUGUAUUUCAAAUUUCUUAUUCUUAUUUCUCGUGUGCUUUUUUCUAGUAAUACAUUGUUAUUGAUUAUUGCAUUGUUGGGUUUUGAGUUUGCAGGAAAGGUAUUUCAAUGUACUUGUGUACAGUUGAAGUCGGAAGUUUACAUACACCUUAGCCAAAUACAUUUAAUCUCAGUUUUUCACAAUUCCUGACAUUUAAUCCUAGUAAAAAUUCCCUGUUUUAGGUCAGUUAGGAUCACCACUUUAUUUUAAGAAUGUGAAAUGUCAGAAUAAUAGUAGAGAGAAUGAUUUAUUUCAGCUUUUAUUUCUUUCAUCACAUUCCCAGUGAGUCAAAAGUACACUCAAUUAGUAUUUGGUAGCAUUGCCUUUAAAUUGUUUAACUUCGGUCAAACGUUUCGGGUAGCCUUCCACAAGCUUCCCACAAUAAGUUGGGUAUAUUUUGGCCCAUUCCUCCUGACAGAGCUGGUGUAACUGAGUCAGGUUUGUAGGCCUCCUUGCUCGCACACGCUUUUAAAGUUCUGCCCACACAUUUUCUAUAGGAUUGAGGUCAGGGCUUUGUGAUGGCCGCUCCAAUACCUUGACUUUGUUGUCCUUAAGCCAUUUUGCCACAACUUUGGAAGUAUGCUAGGGGUCAUUGUCCAUUUGGAAGACCAAUUUGCAACCAAGCUUUAACUACCUGACUGAUGUCUUGAGAUUUUGCUUCAAUAUAUCCACAUAAUUUUCCUUCCUCAAUUUUCCUUCCUUUUGUGAAGUGCACCAGUCCCUCCUGCAGAAAAGCACCCCCACAGCAUGAUGCUGCCACCCCUGUGCUUCACGGUUGGGAUGGUGUUUUUCAGCUUGUAAGCUACCCCCUUAUUCCUCCAAACAUAAUGAUGGUCAUUAUGGCCAGAGGACAUUUCUCCAAAAAGUACGAUCUUUCUCCCCAUGUGCAGUUGCAAACAGUAGUCUGUCUUUUUAAUGGCGGUUUUGGAGCAGUUGCUUCUUCCCUGCUGAGCAGCCUUUCAGGUUUAGUCGAUAUAGGACUUGUUUUACUGUGGAUAUAGAUACUUUUGUACCUGUUUCCUCCAGCAUCUUCACAAGGUCCUUUGCUGUUGUUCUGGGAUUGAGUUGCACUUUUCGCACAAAAGUACGUUAAUCUCUAGGAGACAGAACACGUCUCCUUCCUGAGCGGUACGACGGCUGCGUGUUGCCAUGGUGUUUAUACUUGCAUACUAUUGUUUGUACAGAUGAACGUGGUACCUUCAGGCAUUUGGAAAUUGCUCCCAAGGAUGAACCAGACUUGUGGAGGUCUACACAUUUUUUUCUGAGGUCUUGGCUGAUUUCUUUUGAUUUUCCUAUGAUGUCAAGCAAAGAGGCACUGAGUUUGAAGGUAGGCCUUGAAAUACAUCCACAGGUACACCUCCAAUUGACUCAAAUGAUGUAAAUUAGCCUAUCAGAAGCUUCUAAAGCCAUAACAUCAUUUUCUGGAAUUUUCCAAGCUGUUUAAAGGCACAGUCAAUUAAGUGUAUGUAAACGUCUGACCCACUGGAAUUGUGAUACAGUGAAAUAAUCUGUCUGUAAACAAUUGUUGGAAAAAUGACUUGUGUCAUGCACAAAGUAGAUGUCCUAACCGACUUGCCAAAACUAUAGUUUGUUAACAAGACAUUUGUGUAGUGGUUGAAAAACAAGUUUUAAUGACUCCAACCUAAGUGUAUGUAAAACUCCGACUUCAACUGUAUGUGACAUUAAAACUUGAAACUUUAGAUUACAUAAAUGCUUCAAGAUUCACAAAAAGUUAUGUUACCUGAUGAAGAUUCUUAUAGAACGAUAUGUAUAAAAUCUCCUAAGCUUUACCACAUAUAAAAAAGAAAACCAAAACAAAAAACAAUUUAUUUCCCAAUAGGCUUUGGUGGCAAACGAGCCAUGGCGGAGUUAGUGCCUACAAAAAGAUGCCAUUACUAUUGCGCUAUAUAGUCACUGUAGUGUAGUCAUGAUGGACCAGCUCACUGUACAUUAAUCACUGUAGAAACAGCUGCUUCAUACAGCUGUUGCAUAUUGCCAACAUGAUUUCCACAACAUUCUGGAUGAGGAUGACUGUAGACUUAUAAUGACUCCAGCUCAAAAUGACCCUGGCCUGGAUUGUAAUAGAGGAGGCUUACAUAAUUGUAUAAUGAUUGUUGCAGUGAGUGAGUUCUGUAACCUAGACAAUAUAACUCACCAGGGAGGGAUUCUUGGAUGUGCUGACCCACUGCAUGUUUAUUUGACUUCAUUAGCUCUGUAACCAGCUUGUCUGGCUUGUCACUAGUCUAGCUUAAUGUAUGAAUGGGUGACGCAUGCAGCAGCUCUACCCUUUAAACUGUGAAACUUUUAUUUGUUAUACAGUCUGUUCCCUUUAAUAAGGCAUGCUUCUCUUCUCUAGCUCUGCUAGCAGAGAAACUCUCUCCCCGCUCUCCCUCUUUUAUGAUGAUUGAGCUUCUAGGAUUCCACCGGAUAGAAUUUCAUUAAUACUAAAUCUAGGAUUAGUCAUUUAUAGAGCGAGCUGUCAGACUGUUACAAGUUUUUUAUAUCCUACUGCAUUAGAGCCCCCAAGCAGACAUUUCAACACCCUAUUUGCGUAAAUAGAAUGAUAUGUUUGAUGUUCUCUUGGAGUCCGUCCUCCCGGUCAGGUGUGUACUUUACUGUAUACCCCAGAGGUGAUGUCCUCUAAGUAACUGUUUGAUAAACACUACCAGUGUGUCAAAAGCUAAAGGUUAAUUUAAUAGGCUGCAAAACACUGUCACAGAGCAUUCUACACCCAUUGUCUGUUUUGCUGUAUUCAAGAUGAUGGCUUAACUUGUUCAGGCAGUGAGUGGCACAGUGGUCUUAUUUUCUCAAGAAGCAUGAAAUUGAAAUAUUCCAGCUAUUGAUUGGUAAGUGCUUCUUUGUGACAGCCAGGGCCCUGCUGCAUAGUUAAUGUGCGCCAGCCUCCCAGACCUCUGGCCCAGCUCUUCAGGCGGUCAAGAGGGGGAAAGGCUGCUGUUCCACAGCUCCUUGUCUCUUUGUGGUGUUUGUCUGUCUGUUUGGAUAACGCUCUUUAAAAGCUUGUGUGGACAAGAUUGAGAAGUGCUUGGCUUUCAGGGGACCUUCAAGGAUUUUUAAACAAGUAGGUGUCACUUGUCUGUGUAUGUGAAAGUGUUCACUGGCAGCUGAUGAUAGGGUGUGCUUUCAGGAAAGCUGUGCUUUUGCUUUCAUCCCUUUUUUAAAAGUAGGAUCAAUGUUCAAUGUUCUAGUUCUAGGAACACUGAAAUGACCUUUCCAUUGCCAUAUUUCUGUGGCCUGUUCAGUGUGCCUGAAUGUGCACGCAUUGAUGUACCCUCUAUGUUAUCUGGCCUUGCCAUCCCCCCUAGUCUCCACAACAGCUAGCCUCUUAUGUCCAAGGAUUACCUUCUCCUCUCUUAAGCAUGUUGGUAGCACAAUGACUUCAUUCAGCCAGAUAAUGCUGAACGUUUCAUGUUUUACCCCUGUUCGCUGCAGUUCCACAUAAUGGAAAACUUGCGGAGCCGCAGCCCGCAGUUGUAAACGUGAGUGAGUGAGUGAGUGAGUGAGUGAGUGAGUGAGUGUGUGUGUGUGUGUGUGUGUGUGUGUGUGUGUGUGUGUGUGUGUGUGUGUGUGUGUGUGUGAGAGAGAGAGACAGAAAACAGGCUCAGACUCAGACUCUCCCUGCCAUAAAACCCCUCUGAGAUCUCCUAGCCUUUGUCUGCUGCUUGUCCGCUUGUGCUGUAAAUAAACCAUCAGUCGCCCUGAACGGCCUGGAACUAACAUGGAACACCAUCAUGUCUGUCUGUUGCAUUGUGCUGACAGACAGAGAGGCAGCAAGUUGUAUUUAGAAAGUGAAUAUGUAGAACAGGGCUGGCCCCAGGCAUAUAUUUGUUAUUAAAACAACAUUUUUUUUUUUAAAGGAACUCAGUAGGGGUCUCAACUUACUAUUGAGUUUAAGAAUCGUAGAAUACACCAAGUGCAAUUUCGAAAUGUGGUUGUGCAUCAGCAGUUUUUCUCUUGUUAUGUCAGUCACUGACAGUCACUCAAUUAGACAUGUCAGCUACCAAUUUUUUGAUUCAGCUAUCUAAACUUGUAGCCGAAUACCUACCCUGGCACGUAGGGCACGUGCCCAGUGGCCCUGACCUCCCGGGGGCCCCCAUUGAUUUUGUUAGUCAUUCUCACUCAGAUAUUACAUUAACAAGGUAUAAGUCAUGGCAAACUUUGUAUAAUUGCAUGAAACUUGUUCUAAAUUGCUUAAUUUAUUUUCUCCACCCAUGGCAAAAUGUGUAGAAUUGCAGAAAAGUUGCUUUAAAAAAACUGCAACAUUUUCUCUCCGCCCAUUGGCAAAAUGUGUAGAAUUGCAGGAAAUUAACUUUAAAACUUCAAAUUUGCUCACCGCCGCCAAAAGGGGGGCCACUAAAAUGUUUUGCCGCGAAGGCUAGGGCUGGCCCUGAUGUAGAAUGUGCUGCUACUGCAUGACCUCAAUCCAUUGGCUUAAUAGUGACUGUUGGCCCCAUUUUGUGGAUAGAUUACUAUUUAGCCAUGAUAAGUAGGGCUCUCUGCCAAAUAUGGUACAGUUCCAAAUUUAGAGUUCCAAUUCAGGGGCAGUGCAAACAACACUCUCGUUUUACACUGUCUUUCUAUCUCUGUCCCUUUCUUUUUGGCCUCCCCUCUGUGUCUGUUGGAUGUUGAGCUCUACUGCUUUGCAGUUAGGUUAGGGUUCCACUACAAUGCCCAUAGCUGAGGAGAUUAUCCCAGUGUAAUAUCAGGAGGCCACUGUGAAUAGGCUCUUUGAAGAAAAGUCCUCAUUAGUUACUGAUGGUGUGUAAUCUAAUUGUUUUAGUACCUGGCAGGCGAGGGGAGCAUGGGCAUUAAUCAAGCAACUAUAUACAGCCGUCAGCCGAUAGCACAUUCAUUUUUUAUUACAUGUCAUCUUUGCCAAAAUAUGCAUUGAGUUUACAAAACAUUAGGAACACCUUCCUAAUAUUGAGUUUCACCCCCUUUUCCCCUCAGAACAGCCUAAAUUCGUCAAGGCAUGGACUCUACAAGGGGUCAAAAGCGUUCUACAGGGAUGCUGGCCCACGUUGACUCCAAUGCUUCCCACAGUUGUGUCAAGUUGGUUGGAUGUUCUUUGGGUGGUGGACCAUUCUUAAUACACAUGGGAAACUGUUGAGCUUGAAAAACCCAGCAGCGUUGCAGUUCUUAGCACACUCAAACCAGUGCACCUUGCACCUACUACCAUACCCCGUUUAAAGGCACUUAAAUCUUUUGUCUUGCCCAUUCACCCUCUGAAUGGCACACAUACACAAUCCAUGUCUCAGUUAUCUCAAGGCUUAAAAAUCCUUCUUUAACCAGUUUCCUCUCCUUCAUCUACACUGAUUGAAGUGGAUUUAACAAGUGACACCUGGUCAAUCUACAGUAUGUCAUGGAACGAGCAGGUAUUCCAAUUGUUUUUCACACUCAGUGUAUGUUGUUGCCAGGAUUUAACCUCUACCACAGUAGCAUGUGAUAAGUACUUUGAGAUAAGACUUAUGAAAAUAAAUUAAUAUCAAUAAUCUUGUCUGAAGAGUGAAUGUAAUGAGGCUCUCAAGAAUUGCUGAUGUUAUGUUGUUGUCUAGAUCAGCUUUUGUCAGCCGAACAUCUAGUCAAACUUCUGAUCAUAAUCACUUGUCAGACUGUCUCCAUCUGAUUUUCCUGGGCUGGCAGUGCAGAUAACGUAUUGAGUUGAUGAACAGUAAAUCAGACAGGAUUCUGAUGAUGGAUGAUAUUGACAGAUUUACUGUACCUCACUCUUAUGAAUGACAACAUCAGUCUAUAAAAUCACUGAGUAUCCUUGAAUGGGUCUAUACUGGGCAGAAAAGUUGUAGCUGCGCUGUACUGCACAGAGAAAGAGAAGCUCCAUGAUGAAAUCACUCAUCGUUUCACACAGGUAUGUGGGGAAUUUCUUCCUCUAAGAAUGGAACACAGCAGCUGUCCAGGGACUGUAGAUAGUCUAGAUACUAUGCUAUGUGGACAGAAUGUACUGUAGUGUUUACAUAUGAAUCUAGGCGAUAAUAAACUGGCUCCAUUUUCAGCCCUCUCGUCUUUAUCAUUACUGUAGGUUGAGACAAGAAAAGUGACAUUUACAGUAUGUUUUAUUACAAUUAUCACAUUUAUGUAACAAAGUACACAUUUAAAUUUGUAAGGCAGAGCCAUGGCAGUGUGAGUUUAUUUAUGACUUGUCUCAAGUCCAUUACUGGUGGAUAGAUUGCUCGACUGAUUGCCCAGUCAGUGCAGCUCCCGUAAUUCAGUGGCAGGACCUGCUGUGACCUCAGGCUGUUGGACAGGCAGAACGUGUAAUGGGAAUAGAGUGUUAAGUGUCUAAUUACCUUUACCACGUAUUUGUGUGUCACACACUGUGGGAAAUGACACGCCAACUCCAUUUCAGCAUUCAAAUAAUCCAGUCAUUAUGAACCUAUUGUAUCUGCAGCCUCUCUACAGAAGUCAGGGGCAUUUAAGGUGAACCUAUAGUUGCUUGUGAUCGAACAGUUCAGAAUGACAGAAAGAGCACUAGCUGGGAAUGAAUGGAGACCUUGAUCUAUGGAUAGGCUGUUUGCAGUAUUAUCUCUGUCAUGGUCAGUAGGAUAAAGACAUAAAUAAUCAUGCAUAUCAAUUCAGAUUAUCUACAGCCAUGACUGGAUCUCCUCAGGUCUCUAUAGGACUUAAGCUGUUUAACAGAUUAGCAGCAGCUGUGUUAUCUGUUGACCUGUAGCUUUACACACAGUUUAGGAAUCCAUCAUGUAUCUAAUGGCGCAACACCCAGGAACAUCAGAUCUGCUGGGUCCACACUCAUACAGUGCUUUAAUAAAUGAGCAUAGGAAGGAAUAUAUUUCACUCUAACAGAUCUUUCUGGAUCUCUAUGUGGAGCUGUAGGCUACUGUCUUGUACGAUAUCUUGUCAUGAGAAAUUAGCUCUCUGAUAUUAGCUACAGUGAGGGGAAAAAAGUAUUUGAUCCCCUGCUGAUUUUGUACGUUUGCCCACUGACAAAGAAAUGAUCAGUCUAUAAUUUUAAUGGUAGGUUUAUUUGAACAGUGAGAGACAGAAUAACAACAAACAAAAAAAUCUAAAUUGAUUUGCAUUUUAAUGAGGGAAAUAAGUAUUUGACCCCCUCUCAAUCAGAAAGAUUUCUGGCUCCCAGGUGUCUUUUAUACAGGUAACGAGCUGAGAUUAGGAGCACACUCUUAAAGGGAUUGCUCCUAAUCUCAGUUUGUUACCUGUAUAAAAUACACCUGUCCACAGAAGCAAUCAAUCAAUCAGAUUCCAAACUCAAAAAAAUCCAGAAAAGCGCAUGUCAAAAAUGUUAUAAAUUGAUUUGCAUUUUAAUGAGGGAAAUAAGUAUUUGACCCCUCUGCAAAACAUGACUUAGUACUUGGUGGCAAAACCCUGUUGGCAAUCACAGAGGUCAGAUGUUUCUUGUAGUUGGCCACCAGGGUUGCACACAUCUUAGGAGGGAUUCUGUCCCACUCCUCUUUGCAGAUCUUCUCCAAGUCAUUAAGGUUUCGAGGCUGAUGUUUGGCAACUCGAACCUUCAGCUCCCUCCACAGAUUUUCAAUGGGAUUAAGGUCUGGAGACUGGCUAGGCCACUCCAGGACAUUAAUGUGCUUCUUCUUGAGCCACUCCUUUGUUGCCGUGGCCGUGUGUUUUGGGUCAUUGUCAUGCUGGAAUACCCAUCCACGACCCAUUUUCAAUGCCCUGGCUGAGGGAAGGAGGAUCUCACCCAAGAUUUGACGGUACAUGGCCCCGUCCAUCGUCCCUUUGAUGCGGUGAAGUUGUCCUGUCCCCUUAGCAUAAAAAGACCCCCAAAGCAUAAUGUUUCCACCUCCAUGUUUGACAGUGGGGAUGGUGUUCUUGGGGUCAUAGGCAGCAUUCCUCCUCCUCCAAACACGGCGAGUUGAGUUGAUGCCAAAGAGCUCGAUUUUGGUCUCAUCUGACCACAACACUUUCACCCAGUUCUCCUCUGCCAAUGAACAUCUGAAUGAUUCAAACUUCAGACGGGCAUGUAUAUGUCCUCCCGUGUAGUUCUGGGCUGAUUCCUCACCGUUCUCAUGAUCAUUGCAACUCUACGAGGUGAGAUCUUGCAUGGAGCCCCAGGCCGAGGGAGAUUGACAGUUAUUUUGUGUUUCUUCCAUUUGCGAAUAAUCGCACCAACUGUUGUCACCUUCUCACCAAGCUGCUUGGCGAUGGUCUUGUAGCCCAUUCCAGCCUUGUGUAGGUUUACAAUCUUGUCCCUGACAUCCUUGGAGAGCUCUUUAGUCUUGGCCAUGGUGGAGAGGUUGGAAUCUGAUUGAUUGCUUCUGUGGACAGGUGUCUUUUAUACAGGUAACAAGCUGAGAUUAGGAGCACUCCCUUUAAGAGUGUGCUCCUAAUCUCAGCUCGUUACCUGUAUAAAAGACACCUGGGAGCCAGAAAUCUUUUUGAUUGAGAGGGGGUCAAAUACUUAUUUCCCUCAUUAAAAUGCAAAUCAAUUUAUAACAUUUUUGACAAGCGUUUUUCUGGAUCUUUUUGUUGUUAUUCUGUCUCUCACUGUUCAAAUAAACCUACCAUUAAAAUUAUAGACUGAUAAUUUCUUUGUCAGUGGGCAAACGUACAAAAUCAGCAGGGGAUCAAAUACUUUUUUCCCUCACUGUAUCUAUUACUCUGAUAAAGGCAUGUUAGCCGAUGCUGUUAGCUUUAUACAAAUAACUGACUGACUCUCUGUUGUACCCCUACUUGUGUUGCACCUUUGCAGAGCAGUUAAUGGAGGCUGAAGCAGCACUUACUGUGGCAUUAGCUGAUUGUAUGCCCUUUGCACUGUCUUCCCGCAGACACAAAUUGGAUUUGAAUAGCAUAACAUCCCCCCCUUGUUUCUCUGGCCUCUUGUAUCUCAUGUCCUUUGUGGAACAUUUGCAGUCCAGGCCCAGGGUGUGUUCAGCUGCCUAGUGAGAGCUCAUAUGUAAGGUCUGACUGCAGAGGCUGUGGCACAUGAGCUGUUAAUAGCUUGAUUCUCAUGUAUUCUGUUAAUUGAGGAUAGACUGUGUUAUAACAUGCAUGUUACUGCCAUAUUCACUGGUGGCUUCAUGGAUGGUGAGAGUGAAUGGAUGGAGGUACAGCUGUGAUAGUGGAACUAGAUGAGAGCAUUCCAUCCACUGAAUCCUUUGUAAGCCGCUGGGCUUUACCUGGGACUUAGAUCCAGUGUUUAUUCUCAAAGCCAUGCACACCGCAAACCUGGAUUUAGCUGGGUUCACCCUAUUCUAUACAGUGUAGUUGGCAAAACGGAUCUACCCCAGAUUAUUUUCACCCACUCUCUCUCAUUCACCCCUUGUUUGGUAUUUGGUUUUGGAUAUUUCUCUCUUCCUCCUUUCUCCCCCUUUCCCCCUGCCUCUCCACAGAUGUGUACACCUGAUGCUAAUUCAGAGCCAAGCUAGCUGUGAUUGUUUUGAUCAGACAGGCUGUGUAACAGUCCAGGGAGGUGGAGAAACAGAAUAAGACAUAAUUUACCUCACGCCGCUAGUCUUUCAGCAGCACCAUGAAUAUUAAUAUCACUAUGGCAAUGGUUUUGGAGAUUAACUCAAGGUAGCACUUUACACUUGUACCAUUAGAUCAGUUGUUUUCAUGGAUAGCUGAAGCUGUAGGCAGGGGGGACGCUCAGCAGGGAAUGCUCACAGUUCACACUCGUUGGGUAAGUGAGAUUAGUUAGUUUCCAUUGAACAACUGUGGCGUACUGCAUUAGCAUCGAACAGCCCCCGCGAUAUGCAACUUUUCAGGGAAGUCAGGAACCAAUAUACACAAUCAGUUAGGAAAGCAAAGGCUAGCUUUUUCAAACAGAAAUUUGCAUCCUGUAGCACUAACUCCAAAAAGUUCUGGGACACUGUAAAGUCCAUGGAAAAUAAGAGCACCUCCUCCCAACUGCCCACUGCACUGGGGCUAGGAAACACUGUCACCACCGAUAAAUCUACAAUAAUCGAGAAUUUCAACAAAGAUUUUGCUACGGCUGGCCAUGCUUUCCACCUGGCUACCACUACCCCGGCCACCAGCUCUGCACCCUCCGCUGCAACUUGCCCAUGCCCCCCCCCCCCCCCCCCCCCGCUUCUCCUUCACACAAAUUCAGACAGCUGAUGUUCUGAAAGAGCUGAAAAAUCUGGACCCCUACAAAUCAGCUGGGCUAGACAAUCUGGACCCUUUCUUUCUAAAAUUAGCCGCCGAAAUUGUCGCAACCCCUAUUUCUAGCCUGUUCAACCUCUCUUUUGUAACGUCUGAGAUCCCCAGAGAUUGGAAAGCUGCCUCUUCAAAGGGGGUGACACUCUAGAUCCAAACUGUUACAGACCUAUAUCCAUCCUGCCCUGCCUUUCGAAAGUAUUUGAAAGCCAAGUUAACAAACAGAUCACCGACCAUUUCGAAUCCCACCAUACCUUCUCCGCUAUGCAAUCCGGUUUCCGAGCUGGUCAUGGGUGCACCUCAGCCACGCUCAAGGUCCUAAACGAUAUUAUAACCGCGAUCGAUAAAAGACAGUACUGCGCAGCCGUCUUCAUCGACCUGGCCAAGGCUUUCGACUCUGUCAACCACCGCAUUCUUAUUGGCAGACUAAAUAGCCUUGGUUUCUCUAAUGACUGCCUCACCUGGUUCACCAACUACUACUCAGAUAGAGUUCAAUGUGUCAAAUCGGAGGGCCUGUUGUCUGGACCUCUGGCCGUCUCAAUGGGGGUGCCACAGGGUUCAAUUCUCGGGCCGACUCUAUUCUCCGUAUAUAUCAAUGAUGUUGCUCUUGCUGCUGGUGAAGCUCGGAUCCACCUCUAUGCGGACGACACCAUUUUGUAUACAUCUGGCCCUUCAUUGGACACUGUGUUAACAAACCUCCAAACGAGCUUCAACGCCAUAAAACACUCCUUCCGUAGCCUCCAACUACUCUUAAACACUAGUAAAACUAAAUGCAUGCUCUUCAACCGAACGCUGCUUGCACCCGCCCACCCGACUAGAAUCACUACUCUCGGCGGGUCUGACCUAGAGUAUGUGGACAACUACAAAUACCUAGGUGUCUGGUUAGACCGUAAACUCUCCUUCCAGACUCACAUUAAGCAUCUCCAAUCAAAAGUUAGAUCUAGAAUCGGCUUCCUAUUUCGCAACAAAGCCUCCUUCACUCGUGCUGCCAAACAUGCCCUCGUAAAACUGACUAUCCUACCGAUCCUUGACUUCGGCGAUGUCAUUUACAAAAUAGCCUCCAACACUCUACUCAGCAAAUUGGAUGUAGUCUAUCACAGUGCUAUCCGUUUUGUCACCAAUGCCCCAUAUACUACCCACCAUUGUGACCUGUAUGCUCUCGUUGGCUGGCCCUCACUACAUAUUCGUCGCCAAACCCACUGGCUCCAGGUCAUCUAUAAAUCACUGCUAGGCAAAUCCCCAUCUUACCUUAGUUCACUGGUCACCAUAGCAACACCCACCCGUAGUCUGCGCUCCAGCAGGUAUAUCUCACUGGUCAUCCCCAAAGCCAACACCUCCUUUGGCCGCCAUUCCUUCCAGUUCUCUGCUGCCAAUGACUGGAACGAACUGCAAAAAUCUCUGAAGCUGGAGACUCUUAUCUCCCUCACUAACUUUAAGCGUCAGUUGUCAGAGCACCUUACCGAUCACUGCACCUGUACACAGCCAUUCUGAAAUUAGCCCACCCAACUACCUCAUCCCCAUAUUGUUAUUUAUUUUGCUCAUUUGCACCCCAGUAUCUCUAUUUGCACAUCAUCUUUUGCACAUCUAUCAUUCCAGUGUUAAUACGAAAUUGUAACUAUUUUGCACUAUGGCUUAUUUAUUGCCUUACCUCCAUAACUUACUACAUUCACACACACUGUAUAUAUAUUUUCUGUUUGUAUUUUUGACUUUAUGUUUUGUUUACGCCAUAUGUAACUCUGUGUUGUUGUUUUUAUCGCACUGCUUUGCUUUAUCUUGGCCAGGUCGCAGUUGUAAAUGAGAACUUGUUCUCAACUGGCUUACCUGGUUAAAUAAAGGUGGGAAAAAAAUUUAUAAUAAAAAACUAAUCCCUAAAAGCCACCAGCGUAGGGGUUUAUUUAUUGCGUUGCUCCUUUCCAAGUUGUCAUAGACAUCUGUGUCUUAGAUUACCCGUAAGUGAUUCUUGUUCAUGUUUAUUGCUUGCCUCCACUGUGCUUGAUGGCAUGUGUAUCAACGCCAUAGGCAACCCCCCCUCCUCUCACCUCCCCCCAGGCCACUGGUGUUAGUCCGGGCACAGGGCAUUUAGCUCGGACUACCAGACCCCACAUCCACAGCCUGACAAUGGGCAGCAGCUGGCCGCCCACAUUCUAGUCUCACAGGCCUGACUCAUAGGAUAUGACAGCCUGGUCUCAUAUACUAGACAUAACAUAGUAAACAUAAAUCUGGGACACUCAAAGUAGUAUGAUAUGUUACAUUUUAUAUGGUUACAUAAGACAGAUGGUUACUUAAGGCAAAAUCGAAAGUAGUCUAGCAACCCAAAGGUUGCGAGUUCGAAUCUCAUCAUGGAUAACUUUAGCUAAUUAGCAACUUUUCAACUACUUACUACAUUUUAGCUACUUUGCAACUACUUAGCAUGUUAGCUAACCCUAACCCUUAACCCUUUUAGCUAACCCUUACCCUAACCUUAACCCUUUAACCUAACUCCUAAACUUAACCCUAACCUUAACCCUAACCCCUAACCCUAACCCCUAGCCUAGCUAACAUUAGCCAGCUAGCUAACGUUAGCUACCUAGCUAGAAUUCGUAAACAUAUCAUAUGUUUUGCAAAUUCGUAACAUAUAGUAUGUUUGCAAAUGUGUAACAUAUUGUACGUUUUGCAAAUCCUAACAUAUAAUACAAAUUGUAAUUCAUAACAUAUAAUUAAAAAUGGGUGAUGGACAUACACAAAUUAAUACAUACCAUACGAAACGUAACAUAUAAUACCAAAUGGAGUGUCUCAGAUUUAAGUACAACAUAAUAUGAAAUGCUCUGAGACCAGAUUGGAUAUGACCUCAAUACACAAACCAAAGCAUCAUGAGCUUUGGUUUUAUUUCUAUUCUCUUUGUCUUUAAGAUUGGUUUUUAUUUAAUUUUUUGAGGUUUUAGCAAGGAUUCCCUUGCCACCUUGUCAUAUUGAUUCAGUCUUAAGCAUUAUCAUCAUCCACACCAAGGUCUCUUUCUUUCUGUGCUGUAGAUAUUAAGCCUCUUUUGUGUUUGCUCUCUCGUAGGUGGCUCUGAGGAAGACCACAAAGAGCCUGAGGUCGCAGGAGGGUAAGAAGAAGUGGGAGAGCCGGAUGCUGAAGAAACAAAAGGCUUCUGAGAGGGCUGAGAUCCCUGUGAAUGGAUUCACUGACAAUGGAGCUGACUUUGAACAUGAGCAGGAUGGAGAGAAGGAGCGGGGGAAGGUGAAAAACAACUCAAAGAAGAACAAGCAGGUAGCCUUUGGAUCUGUGGUAUUAACCUUCAUUAUAUUUUGAAUGAAUAUGCUCUCCUACAAACCAAAACCUGUCUACCUGGUAAUGUGUGUGUCCACAUGUGUGGGGGUUUUGCCCAGUGAAGUAAUGAGGUCUUACAGCGGAUGUAUUCUUUUUGGUUGUUUGCGUAACUUAGAAUCUAGGCUUGUUUUAUUUUGAGUUCUUUCUUCCUGUUUCACGUCAUCCCCUUUCAAUCCCACAGUUUUAUUUUUCUAAUGGCGAUCCUGUUUCUGUCAGUUUUAAACAACUGUCUCCAUCAUUAGGUGUUAAUUGUUGGCACCAGCCAGUCAAUGAACUCUGUUAUCAGGUUUAUUUCCGAAGGUUCCCAUCCUGGUCUAGUAAUUGCCUUGCACAAGCCUGUCUGUUGUGCAGGAAGUCAGGGGGGAGCCACACAGGAAACAAGGGCCAAUAAAGAUAUGUGAUGAGAUAAGGUGCUUUGUGAAGAGCUUCCUCCUCAGCCAACGAUAUGUCUGUGUUUGUAACAGAGAGCACACCAGGCACACACACACACAGGCCCGCUUCCAUAUCAGUCCCUGGCCUAACCAGUUCCCCUACCCUUAUCUGUUUGUGUAGACCACAUACUACUUACAUUUACAUUUUAGUCAUUUAGCAGACGCUCUUAUCCAGAGCGACUUACAGUUAGCGCAUACAUUAUUUUUAUCGAACCCACAACCCUGGCGUUGCAAACACCAUGCUCUACCAACUGAGCUACAUCCCUGUUGUAAGGUAUUGCCUAGAUGUCCCCUGGCUUGUGGAUGUUUCCGCUACUGAACAGUAUGCAAAACAGUAUGUUGGAUGGAAGCUUCCGAUGCAAUACAGAAGAGAGCUAUUAUCGGGUUUGUUUCAAAGUGUCUUUUGUUCCUUGAAUUUACUGUUUAUCUAAGCACACUGUAUGUAGAUGGUAUCUACUCUACGAAAUGGAUGAAACCUACGCACACUUGAUUCAAUCAAGAGCAGUUAAAUUGUGUCAUUGAAGCAACCUCUAGAGUGCUCUCUAGGAAGUAGAGGGACCUCAGAUAACAUCCUCUCUUCUGUUUCACCUGAUCACCAGAAAGAGCAUGUAUUUUGCUGCAGCUCAUUGCACAUUGACACAGCACACUGGCUGUGUCAAAUCAAGUCAUGAGACUUUUGCUGGAGGAUGCAUGUUUGACAUGUUCACGGCCACUGUGAAACACCAUCUAUGCUAUUUAAGUGAAUCAUUUUUACACUAACACAUACACAGAAGAAGGCAGUGUCCUGGGCUGGACUGUCAAAGCAGUGAAGUGUAGCAGCCAACACUACGGGAACGGGCUGAAUGCAAUGGAACGGUAGCUUUAAACCAUCAAACCUCAGAUCAAUACAUUUUACAUUUUAGUCAUUUAGCAGACGCUCUUAUCCAGAGCAACUUACAGUUAGUGAGUGCAUACAUUUUUUUCAUACUGUUCCUGUGUCAUCAUCACUACGUGCUAAGCUUUCAGUCAAUAUAAUUUCUCUCUUGUUCUUUCCUGAAUCAAUAUUUGAAUAUGCAUUAUGCUGCAUGGAUCUGUCAUUCAAGAUUUCCAUUCCAACACAAUGGUAUGUGUGUGUGUGUGUGUGUGUGCAUUUGUGCGUGCACGCGUUUAUCCGUGUGUGUGUGUGCAUGCGUUUAUGUGUGCGUGCGCCUAUUUAUGUAUGCGCUGUAUACCUGCAUUCAUGUUGCCUCCGGCUCUCAGAUGGGCCAGACCCAGGCCUAGUGCUAAUUGCCCAUCACGGUCAGUCAAUGAGUCUGGACAUCAUCUCUGCUUGUUUUAAAUCAGGUUAACUGUGUCAUUGAAAUGGAUGUCCUCACUGAUGUGUGAUCACUCACUGAUGUCUGUAAUACGACAGUGCCCUCUGGUGGUCCAGAUUCUCUUCUGGGUUGAUACAUUCACUGUCUACCAAUUCAAUGUUAUGUAGAUAACCCUGAACUCAAAGAACGGAAGAUAAUUGGUCUGUCCCUCAGGUGAAGGGGCUUCUGGGAAGGCAAGACAGAGCUGAAGUCACCAAAACACAGGGCAUGCCUCAGAGAAGCAACUCCAAAGAACACCAUAGUGCGGUAUGAGCAGUGUUGUCUGGAUAAAUGGAUGUUUGUGUGCAAACAACAUCAUAUUGAGUGAUUACAGAAGGCAUUUAUCAGAAUCUAUCAUAAGCCCUUGCUCAUUAACAUUAUCCUUCCUUUCCACAGAGUUCAUUCUCUAGUCGGGGAUAUUCGGUGAGUGACUUCAAUCCUUUCUGACAGAAUUAAUGUCCAUGAUCUGCAUAUGGUCAUUCUCAGAGUAUGAGGGCAAAACCGGGUCAGUGAUUAUCUUAUGCAUUUUGAGAACAAGAACAGUCUGUGACAAAAUGUUCUCAAAAGCUAACAGGCUGAUAUUUAGUAAUGUAGCUAAACAGGUGUCAUGUCAACAUGGAUUAGUGAUUUGUGGAUCUGAGUAAUCUUGACAUGUUGACAGUGAGCAGGACUUGACACAUGAGUUAUCAGUGGUUUCAGUAUAAAUUGACUGGCUGACAUAGUAGCUCACAGUUGUGUUGCUGUGUCGCCUGGCAUGAUGAAUCCCUUAGAGCAGACAGUUCAAUUCACCCAGCAGUUAAACACAAGUCUGUCACUAGGAACAAGGUGACAGACAUAAUGGAUAAUAAUUCUCUCUCUUUCGCUCUCUCUCUCUCGAUUUGUAAACAGACUGUUUUUGUGAUAUUAGUACUAGACAUAACCACAGUUUUUAGUCCUAAUCUAACCAUGAUUAGUUGAUCUCAAUGAAUCUCAAUGUUUCUUUAUGCAUUAUUUGUAAAUACAGCACAUAUUUAUCAAGAUUUCAUUGAAAAUACUAAAUUAAAUGAUUGGAGUCAAGUUUCUUCAUCCACAAUCUUAUUUUUUAAUUAGUGUAAUGGUUCGAUUUACACAUUUGUGCCAGAUUAACUAAUAGAGACUGAUUGCAUUUACAUGUGAUGUGAAUUUAUUUCAAGACAUGUUUUCAUGUAACAGAAUAUUGUAAUGAAAACUUAGUUAAUGAAGAUAAAUACUGCUGUGGAGCUUACUGUAAACACCCAUCAGUCACAGACAUACAGUACAAUACAGUACCAGGAACUAUUGGGAUCUUUCAAACCGACUCGUUGGCUUCCAGCAGGGAUUCAUAUUACCAUCUGUUGGCACACAAAUAAAGAAGCCUAAGUAAGCAGGAAUGAGAUUUAAAUAAAAUAAUAUUUUUCAAAGGAGGAAAGAAGGCUCUUUAUCAGGCUGUUAAGCACUGAUCUAAUUGUAAUAUGGAUAAUAUGCAGGACACUGCCAGCUAUUGAAUCGCCGUUAUCUUAUGACUUCAUGCUACUGCCUCUAGUCUUGCGGUAUCCACUGCUGUUCUCUCCCUGCCAAUAGAGUAUGAGUAAACAUGGAGGUGUCACCCAAAACACAGGUCAUGACCUUGAAUCAAGGUCUCAUUAUAAUCUCUCGACAGAUAAUAACACUUUUUGUUCCUGUGGGUAAUAUUGAUAUGACUGUAGGCAGAUCAUAGCAGAAAUGUAAACAACUCUCUUCCAGUUUGAGUGUUUGUGAUGGAUGAAGGUGUUGAUACAUUCUCAUGAAUUAAUGCAGUGUUUUACAUCCUUUCUCACGCAGUGUGACAGUGAGAGUGACAUCGAUGACAAGGCAAGAUAAACAUUCUCACUUUUCACAACUGUUAUCACUGAUAAUAAGUUAUCAGUGCUCUACAUGUUCUGUCAUUCAACCAUGUGUAACAGUAUUGCUUCCGUCCCUCUCCUCGCCCCAACCUGGCUUGAACCAGGGACCAUCUGCACACAGACAACAGCCACCCACGAAGCAUCGUUACUUAUCGCUCCACAACUACUUCAAGGUCUCAGAGCAAGCGACAUCACCGAUUGAAACGCUACUAGCGCGCACCGCUUACUAGCUAGUCAUUUCACACCGGUUACACAUGUAUUCCCAUCUGCGCUGUCAACUGGCCAGGCUGUAUUGCACUGAGAGGAAGGGGGUCCUCCAAAUGCCAGAGAGGGUUGUGAUGGGGUCAGGUCUUUUGGCUGACCAUUUUAUUUACAUAAGGGCAGCGUAAACAGUGUGUGGGAUGUCUUUAGUCUCAGUGUUGGUCCUCAAGCUAUUUUGGGGACAUACAGUGAGGGAAAAAAGUAUUUGAUCCCCUGCUGAUUUUGUACGUUUGCCCACUGACAAAUAAAUGAUCAGUCUAUAUAUAUAUAUACCCCCCCCCCCCCCCCCCCAAAAAAAAAGAAAAAAUAAUUGUUUUAAUGGUAGGUUUAUUUGAACAGUGAGAGACAGAAUAACAACAAAAAAAUCCAGAAAAACGCAUGUAAAAAAUGUUAUAAAUUGAUUUGCAUUUUAAUGAGGGAAAUAAGUAUUUGACCCCCUCUCAAUCAGAAAGAUUUCUGGCUCCCAGGUGUCUUUUAUACAGGUAACGAGCUGAGAUUAGGAGCACACUCUUAAAGGGAGUGCUCCUAAUCUCAGUUUGUUACCUGUAUAAAAGACACCUGUCCACAGAAGCAAUCAAUCAAUCAGAUUCCAAACUCUCCAUCAUGGCCAAGACCAAAGAGCUCUCCAAGGAUGUCAGGGACAAGAUUGUAGACCUACACAAGGCUGGAAUGGGCUACAGGACCAUCGCCAAGCAGCUUGGUGAGAAGGUGACAACAGUUGGUGCGAUUAUUCGCAAAUGGAAGAAACACAAAAUAAUUGUCAAUCUCCCUCGGCCUGGGGCUCCAUGCAAGAUCUCACCUCGUGGAGUUGCAAUGAUCAUGAGAAUGGUGAGGAAUCAGCCCAGAACUACACGGGAGGAUCUUGUCAAUGAUCUCAAGGCAGCUGGGACCAUAGUCACCAAGAAAACAAUUGGUAACACACUACGCCGUGAAGGACUGAAAUCCUGCAGCGCCCGCAAGGUUCCCCUGCUCAAGAAAGCACAUAUACAUGCCCGUCUGAAGUUUGCCAAUGAACAUCUGAAUGAUUCAGAGGAGAACUGGGUGAAAGUGUUGUGGUCAGAUGAGACCAAAAUUGAGCUCUUUGGCAUCAACUCAACUCGCCGUGUUUGGAGGAGGAGGAAUGCUGCCUAUGACCCCAAGAACACCAUCCCCACCGUCAAACAUGGAGGUGGAAACAUUAUGCUUUGGGGGUGUUUUUCUGCUAAGGGGACAGGACAACUUCACCGCAUCAAAGGGACGAUGGACGGGGCCAUGUACCGUCAAAUCUUGGGUGAGAACCUCCUUCCCUCAGCCAGGGCAUUGAAAAUGGGUCGUGGAUGGGCAUGACAAUGACCCAAAACACACGGCCAAGGCAACAAAGGAGUGGCUCAAGAAGAAGCACAUUAAGGUCCUGGAGUGGCCUAGCCAGUCUCCAGACCUUAAUCCCGUAGAAAAUCUGUGGAGGGAGCUGAAGUUUCGAGUUGCCAAACGUCAGCCUCGAAACCUUAAUGACUUGGAGAAGAUCUGCAAAGAGGAGUGGGACAAAAUCCCUCAUGAGAUGUGUGCAAACCUGGUGGCCAACUACAAGAAACAUCUGACCUCUGUGAUUGCCAACAAGGGUUUUGCCACCAAGUACUAAGUCAUGUUAUGCAGAGGGGUCAAAUACUUAUUUCCCUCAUUUAAAUGCAAAUCAAUUCAUAACAUUUUUGACAUGCGUUUUUCUGGAUUGUUUUGUUGUUAUUCUGUCUCUCACUGUUCAAAUAAACCUACCAUUAAAAUUAGACUGAUCAUGUCUUUGUCAGUGGGCAAAGGUACAAAAUCAGCAGGGGAUCAAAUACUUGUUUCCCUCACUGUAGUCGAAGUCAAGUAGGGUAAAUGGCCACAAAUAACUCUAACUUGUGUUUUGUUACUGGUUUGUGAGUGAUAGGUUCAGUCUGUGUGUCCGAGGACAUUAUACUCAUUUAACCUUGUUAUAAAUGUCUACAUGUUAAUAAUACCAGCUCUCUUUGAUUUCAUUAUUGGAUUUGAUCUAAGGAAUUUGCUGAAGAUAACUUGAUUACACUGUGAAUAUCAUUAGGCCUUCUUACGAAAGUCAAGACGUUCUGAUAAUAACAACUUGUCUCUUGUUUCCUCCAUAUGAUCUAUUUACUUUGUCAGAAACCUGAAAUUAAAUCUGGAGGCUCCAAAACUUGAAAUUGAACUCAUGAUAGAGGUCAUAUGAACCAGAUUACAGUAUUGUGGCAUUUUGCAAGGUUGUUAAUCGACUGAUGGAUUCCAGGAAUAUCUGGAAAAAGGUCCUUACAUUUGCAACACCAAAGGAACCUCAUGAUGGUUUAACACAGCUGAAUUUCAGCUGAGUUCAGACCCAGUAAAUCAACAAUUUGAUUUAGCAAUUGAGUCUGGUCGGUUUGAUUCGUCUUUAUUUGAUGCCAUUAGUUUAUAAUCAGGUGGUUUCACAGCAUCCCUAUGACUUUACAAAGAACAUAAAGUUUAAAGAUGAUCUCACCACAUAUAUUAUUCAAGUGAAAAUGGCUAAUUAGUCUAGUUUGUGUGUGCGUGUCCGUGUGUGUGUGCGUGCAUGUGUGUGUGUCCUUUGCUGCCUGUUAUUAUAAUCUGGCCAAUAUUCAGCAAUGUAAUCAGAAACAGACUGUUGGUAAUGUAAUUUAUUGAUUGUAAUAAGAUACUCACUAACUGAUCUACCCCCUAAAUUAAAAUAAAAAAAAUACAAUAAAAAAAAGAUACUCACUAACUUAAUUUGUCUCAUCUAUUUUCUAAUUAGUUUUUCACAAGGUAAAUGUCAUGGGCAUUUAUGUAUAUUUCUAGUGAGUGCUCUUACAGGGAAGAUAUGACUGAUUACAUAAAUUACGUCUUAAUAUGUAAUCUAUGUUGAGAUGCUUUUUAUUCUCCUGUCAACAAGAUGCUUUCAUUGAGCUGUCACGUACUACAUUAAAUUAUUUAAGAAUGGUUUCGAUUUAAUCUCAUUCAGUUCAUUUCGAAACUUUGGACUGGGUUCACCAAGAGUUAUGGCUCACCUUUUGUCCCUCUGAUCUCAUUUACAUUCAUUGGGAAAUUGAACACACCCACCUUGAGUGACAAAGCGCACAUCGAGUCUGGGAGUGGAACAAGAGCCAGUAUACAGAACAGUCCUGUUGAUAGAGUGCUGUUAAAGAUGGAAAAGCAAGCACUUUUCUGGACAGUUCCACUACCGGCACCUACAAAAUCCUAAUUUAGCCUCUAAUUAGGCUAACAUUUUUGUUAUUUUCUUUCUUUUCUCAUUUUAACUCAGGUUUCAGGGAUUGGGUCUGAUAAACUCUUCACACUAAGGAAAACUACUGGUAAGAAUAUUUCCUCUGGAUUUUUUGGUACUUCGCAUGUAUGCUUUUGACUCUCUGUCCUCGUUUAGCUGUUGUUAUUUACAGAAUAGAUAUGUCUCUCUUAGUGACAUGCACUUGACAUGCUUUUUAUGGCAUUCCAUUUCUGUUCACUCGACUAAGGGAAACAUCCUCUUUCAAGCCACACAGUUAUCAAGUAUUACCAAAUUGUUGUCAAAGUGUUAUGGCCUUUGUCAUUUUAGGAUACUCACAUACUUGCUCUUAAUUACACAAUGUGGGAAUGACAUCGAACGUUACUUUACCCUGUGGAAAGUCUCUGCGCUAGAGGGAUUUAUUAUAUUGGAAGUAAAACCGAAUAAUGAUGCAGUGUUUUGUCAGAGAUAUUUGUGCAUUUGUAUAUGUGUUGAGUUGCGUGAAAUAGUUGAUAAAUGUUUUCUACACAACAUUUUAGCUAUGAAUUGGAUUGAACCUCCACUCCCAGUGGCUUAGCUGCUUUGUUGGGGCUAGGAACGGGUUAGUCACACUUCAUGCUCAAUGAGACUAUUGGCUCAAGCAAUUUUGUAAUCUACUGCAAUGUUCCCUAUUAUCAUCCUUACCAUCAAUUCCAUAUUGUGAUCUAACUAUAGCUGAAAUUCACAGGAGGUUGGUGGCAGCUUAAUUGGGGAGAACGGGCUUGUGGUAAUGACUGGAGUGGAAUUAAUGAAAUGGUAUCAAAUACAUCAAACACAUGGUUUCCAGGUGUUUGAUGCAAUUCCAUUGGCUCUGUUCCGGCCAUUAUUAUGAGCCAUUUUCCACUCUGCAGCCUCCUGUGCUGAAAUUCAACAAUUAAAUGCAAUUUUCACCCAAAAGAAUGGUGCUGAAAGCAACAUCACUGAAUGGUGUUGUUCCCAUUCAGUAUUCUUUACCCGACUGAGGUCUUUGGCCUUAUAGGGGCAGCUUGAUAGAUUGUGUUCCCUUCAAAACCCACGAUUUCUCAAACUCAUUUGGCUUGUAAAAGCCAAGAGGAGACGCACAUCCAGGGCCAGGCAGCAUAAAGCCUGCUCUAAUCCCACCGGCUGGCUGGCGGUGAGAACCUUUUUAGAGCUGAGCCAGGGGUUUAAUAUGCCUUGUGUGAACGAGAUUAGGAGCUCCCCAUUUAACUCUCCCUACCUCCAAGCUGCUUGUGGUGGGCUUUGGAGAGGGCAUUUGUUGUUUGCUUUGGAGGUCUCUUCAGUCUCCCAAUAAGCCAUCUGGAGUUCAGCCUAUUGAACGUUAUGAUUACAAAUAAUGGUAAACACACCACUAGUCUCUCCCUAGGGCCCUCGGCUCUUGUCAGAGCUCAAAGACUGCAGGGAAUAGAGACUAGGGUUGUGUUUGGUGCUGGGAAAUAGGCUGUUUGUUGAAUUUAAUGAUCAUUUUCUGGCAGUGAAUGGAAGAUCGAAUGGUGCAAAUAACAAAUUGUAAGCACUUUGUAAUAUGAACAUGCUCAUUUUCCAAAGACAUGAACCCACUGGCUGUUAUGAAGCUACUCGUUAGUUGCUUCAUUUGUUGUUUCUAGAAGUAGGCCUAGUACAACAGCGAUUAGGAGCUAUUCACCACUCUGACUGAAGGUUGUUUCAGCUAAGCAUGGACACAUCAGUGUCAGUAUUUAUCUGAAGUGGGAAAGAAUAUUAAAUGACUCUGUCAGUUCUGUCAAACUGUGGUUAGUAACCUAUGUUCUCUUGUUGGUAAUAGACAUAGGUGUUGAUGAGAGAGAUGAGGCGAAGGUGUGCAGCUCUGCCAGAGUGUCAGGUCUACAACGCAGCCAAGAGCAGAGCAGCGACUCACCCCUUGAUCUGCCCGCUGCCAGCCCCGCCCCUGGCUCUCAGCCUGCAGGCAGCCCUGCCCCUGCAGCCCCUCUCACCACCACCCCACCUCCUGCUGUGUAUGUAAAGAAGGAGAGGACGUCCCCUCACAACCCGACCACGCCAACUCUGCCAGGGCCAGGCCUAUCCCAGGUCAAGAGAGAACCAUUGUCACAUCACCAGGGCCAUCCCCUGUACAUUGGUCUCCACAACAGGUAGGACAUGGCAUUGACUGGACUUGUUCAAACCAUUUAAUAAUACUAUAUCCUAGAGGAGGUUGAUAUUUAUUUACAACCUUUCCUUUCUCCUCUCCACAGCAGCAUAGAGGGGUCCCGCAAGCGAACCCUCCCCCCAUCCCCCCACCUCGGGCGCCAUUCUUCUCCCUCGCCGGCCCUCCCCCUGUCCGUCUCAGAGCUGACCACACCCCACUUCUUCCUGCCAGGUCACGGGCAUCGCCGCCCUGCCGUGUUCACUAGCCCUGUGGGAUUACCAACCAACGGCACCGUAGGACGGUCCACUGGAGCAGGCUGCUCAGGUAAGAGGCAUGAACAGUAAAGGAUAUAUUGAAGGAGCAAUAUAGGAUACAUUGGUGUUUAAUGUACAACAGGUGUAGGUGGUGAUAGGGGUUGUGGGUGAGAAAGAGCAGUAGUCAUCAUAGAGUAUGGCCUUUAACCUCGCACCUCUCCCCCACAACAGAGCACGACCUGCUUCGCCAGGAACUGAACAACCGUUUCCUGGCACAGACUGCAGAGAGAGGGGCAGGCUCUGGGCCACCUCUACUGAGGGCAGAGUUCCACCAACACACACACCAGCACCAGCACCAGCACCAACACCAGCACCAGCACCAACACCAGCACCAACACCAGCUCACCUUCUCACCCUACCCCAACGGGUUGCCUCCUCAACCAGGCAUAGUCUCUACACCCCCAAAUAUGGGUCGCACAGCUGCCCUAAAUGUAAGUCCAGCACAUGGCCACUACAAACCGCUUCAUACGAGUUAAUGUUAUUAUCAAAACCCACAUUCAUUGUGAGGAACAUUUUAGGUCACCCAGAAACCAGAGAGAUUACAGUGUGCUUUGUUUUUGCUGCUUUCCAAACUCGCCUUCUUAAUAGAGUAGCCUCAGGCUCAGCAUCUGCCUCCUGUACUCUGGGGAAAACCUUGUGUGUGUUACUUUCACAUCUCAAAUAUCAAACAGAAAUAUCAGAUACAGUCCCCAAGAGAGCAACAUUUUUGCUUUCAGCCGUUUGAAACUUUUUUCCACCCACCAGGGAACAUUUUGAUAUAUUUCAUCAUAGAGAAAAUAAAAUGUGUGAGCCCUGAAAUGGUUGGCUGUUCCACUGGCAGUUGGUAAAGGCAGUGUAAAUGGAUCUCAUGGCUGUUUUGACACACUCAAAGCCCUGCUGUCAGGACACAUGACUGUGCCUCAGUAGAAGGAAUGAGGUCAUUAGAGUGCUUUUGAUCGUGGGUAAUUGCUCAUGGAUGCUUGUGCCGGCAUUGGCAGGGCUUAAGUUAAGGAUUAAGCAGCCAAGAUAUGGAAACUCUGAACAUAGCCAUCUGAAGUGUGUACAUGCAUCUGUUAAACAGUCAAUGAGCUGAGGAGAAUGUACUGUGCUGUGCAUAGUUAUUGGCAUGCAUAGCUUCCUGGCACUGUAAUGUGAGGUCUAGAACAGGACGUUCAUUAUUAUUAUUUUAAAAAUUUAACAAUAAUUUGUAGCAUUUUUACAUUUGUUUCUUCUUUGUGUAAUGCUUAUAUUAUUGUCUAAUGUUGUUAAUAUUACUGAUGUGUUCUCACAAAAGUAUUGUCUUUCAGUUGGAAAAGUACUCAGCAAAACUGGAAAACCCUUACCUAAGACAUCAAAAUGUAAGUUACUGCUUUCAGAAAGGCAUUAUUCUGUAUCAUAUUAUGGUUCUCAAUGAAUUCAGUUAUAUGCCAUUUACUCAGCAUCAGCAGUACAGUCACAGAUCUACUCUGGCCGUACAGUGUUUGUUUACCCUUUUGUUUCUCCUGAAGUUCUACUUCAUUCCUUCUUAUCUUAACCUGUGUUUGGUCUUGCCCAGUUCUACCCCUCCUAUCCCCCAGCGAUGCCAGGCAUGCCAGCCCUGCACCCCCACUCAGGAGCCCCAGGACCUUUCAGCUCUCUGCAAGGAGCCUUCCAGCCCAAGGUCCAUACCACAUCACUCCCUCUGUCUGUGUGUGUGUCUGUCUGUUUGUCUGUUUGUCUGUCUGUCUGUCUGUCUGUCUGUCUGUCUGUCUGUCUGUCUGUGUGUGUGUGUGUCUGUGUGUCUUUCUAUCUGUGUGUCUUUCUAUCUGUGUGUCUUUCUGUCUGUCUGUCUGUCUGUCUGUCUGUCUGUCUGUCUGUCUGUCUGUCUGUCUGUCUGUCUGUGUUUCUCACUGUGUGUCUGUCUGUGUGUCUGUCUGUCUGUGUGUCUGUCUGUGUGUCUGACUGUCUGUC